UGGGGAUGGGGGUGGGUGGGAAGAAACAGAGACAGUUGUCCAGGAGUAAGCCCUCCUUCCCUGGCCUGGAUUUAAUUUCUGUCUGCUGAGCCUGGCUGGCUGCAAAGCUGCUCCCAGGAACCUGAGCUUCCCACGUGCACAUUUCUGUUCUGUCAGAAGCAUUCCCACCAGGAAUCUGCAGGAGCUUGGCAUCAGGUUUUUGUAGUUCCCGGUAGCUGGGAAGACAUCCUCAUCUUCUUCCACCACCACAAACAAAAUCUCCAUGGAACAGGAUAACUUUAGUUGUGUUUGGGAUGCGUGUUCUAUUUGUGAUCAAUUUGCCAUCUUCAGCUCACGGAGAAAUAGCUUGUCUUAGUUUAGUUUCAGGUUUACUGCUUAAUCUGGAAGGAGGGGCCCUGCUGAAAUACCUUUGGCACAAACAGAUUUGGUGUCCAGGCGUGUUUCAGCUGAGUGAAAGAAGGAAAACGUGUGAGAAAGGGGCUUAAAUAUUUCCUAGUGAGUGUUGUUAGCAAUAAGCCCGUGUUGGCUUCUGUGCUGUGUGUCCACAGGCAGGGGGGAGCAGGGAUCAUUCCCAGCUCUCCGUGGUGAGAGGUGCCCUCCCGAGCCCAGAUCCCAGCUGGGAAAAGCCAGAUGUGCUUCACCCAAGGCCAGGGGAGACUUGGAUGGGGCUGUCUGAGUGUGUCAGUGUUAAUCUGAGAGAUCUCUGCUCCCAGCACCCCGGGUCUCCACCGUGGCCACCCACACCAUGUCCAGGAGGUCUCCAUGCCAGGAGGUCUCUCUCCAUCCCAGGAGAUCUCCAUCCUUGCAGGUCUCCAUCCUAGAAGGUCUCUCUCCAUCCUGGGAGGUUCUCUCUCCAUCCCAGGAUUCUCCAUGCCAGGAGGUCUCUCUCCAUUCCAAGAGGUCUCCAUCCUAGGAGACCUUUCUCCAUUGCCAGGAGGUCUCCAUCCCAGGAGGUCUCUCUGUGUCCCAGAAGGUCUCUCUGUCCCUGGAGAUCUCUCCUUAUCCCUGGAGGUCUCUCCUCAUCCCACAAGCUCUCUCCCCAUCCCUAGAGGUCUGUCUCCAUCCCUGGAGAUAUCUCCCCACCCUGGGAGGUUUCUCCCCAUCCUAGGAGGUCUCUCCCUAUCCCCGGAGGUCUCUCCCCACCCCUGGAGGUCUCUCCCCAUCCCUGGAGGUCUCUCUCAAUCCUGUGAGGUCUCUCCCCAUCCUGGAGGUCUCCAUCCCACCUCUCAAGUUCUCUCCCACCCCUGGAGGUCUCUCCUCGUCCUGGGAGGUCUCUCCCCAUCCCAGGAGAUCUCUCCCAUCCCUGGAGGUCUCCAUCCCAUCCCUGGAGCUCUCCAUCCCAUCCCUGGAGGUCUCUCCCCAUCCCUGGAGGUUUCCAUCCCACCUCUCAAGGUCUCUCCCACCCCUGGAGGUCUCUCCUCAUCCCUGGAGGUCUCUCUCUGUCCCAGGAGAUCUCUCCCAUCCCAGGAACUCUCCAUCCCAUCCCUGGAGGUCUCUCUCCGUCCCUGGAGCUCUCCAUCCCACCCCUGUGCCGGGAGGAGCCUCUCCCCCUCACCCUCUGCUCCGCCGCCGCUCCUGCCCGCCCGCAAACCCCUGAGACAUUUUUGUAGCAAGAAUUUCUUGGCUUUGAGAAAGACACUUCUUACUGUAACAUUUUUAGUUCGGGGGACAAUAUUUCCUAAGAGGGGUUAAGUGGAUAUUUUUGUGCUUUAGCCCAGUUUAUGGAUUCCAUGUUUAUUAUACAGUAGUACUGAAGAGGAAGUACAUUUGUAUCUGUAACUUUGCACAGACUCUUGGUUAACCAUUAAACAAGCUUCAAGAUGAGCAGUAUUUGACUGUUUUUCUCUGUAUUAUUCUUGUUGUUAUACUUACCUGUAAAAGCACAUUCUGUAUGUACUGUAAACAAAAAUAUUAUCAGUUUAGUAAAAUUUAGAGUCUUAAGGAUUUUUCCACUUUUGUCAGUAACAACUAUUUAUGGAUUAAAAAAUAAAGGCAAUUUCAACAUAUAAAUUGUUUCUUUUUGAUAUCUAUUGGGGGGAAAUAAAAGCCAUUUUCUUGGCAGCCUUCCCAAUCUUUGUAACCAGCGUUUGAAAGGUAGAUACCUGUGAUUCUGUGUGUAGUUAAAUAGCAUCUAUUAAAAUGAAUGCUGCAAGGUC